AUGGCAGCAUCCACCCCCCUCGACUUCGACGAGUCCAUCAAGGGCGCCUUGCCCGCCGACUUCAUCUGGGGCUUCGCCACGGCCGCCGCCCAGGUCGAGGGCGCCUGGGACAAGGACGGGCGCGGCGAGUCCAUCUGGGACCGGUUCGCGCACACGCCGGGCAAGGUCAAGGACGGCAGCACGGGGGACGACGCCGUGCGGUCCUACGACCUCUACAAGACGGACGUCGCCCUCAUGAAGCGCUACGGCGUCACGGGCUACCGCUUCUCGCUGUCGUGGUCGCGCAUCAUCCCGCUCGGCGGCGCCGACGACCCGGUCAACGAGGCCGGCCUCGCCUACUACGACCGCCUCAUCGACGAGCUGCUCGCCAACGGCAUCACGCCCUACGUCACCCUCUUCCACUGGGACACGCCCCAGGCCCUCGAGGACCGCUACGGCGGCAUGCUCGACAAGGACCGCUACACCCCGGACUUUGUCCGCUACGCCCGCGUCUGCUUCGAGCGCUUCGGCGACCGCGUCAAGGACUGGAUCACGUACAACGAGCCGGGCGUCUACACCCUCGCCGGCUACGCCGCGGGCGUCCACGCGCCCGCCCGCUCGAGCUUCCGCGAGCUCAACGCCGAGGGCGACUCGUCGACGGAGCCCUUCGUCGUCGCCCACACGGAGCUCGUCUCGCACGCGCACGCCGCCGCCCUGUACAAGCGCGAGUUCCAGCCGGCCCAAAAAGGCCGCGUCAUGAUCACGCUGCACGGCAACUGGUCCGAGCCGUGGGACGAGGCCGACCCGCGCGACGUCGAGGCCGCCGAGCGCGCGCGCGAGUUCGAGAUCGCCUGGUUCGCCGACCCGCUGUACAAGACGGGCGACUACCCGGCCUCGAUGCGCGCCCAGCUCGGCGACCGGCUGCCGCGCUUCACGGCCGAGGAGAGCCGGCUCGUGCUGGGCAGCUCCGAGGCCUACGGCAUGAACUCGUACUCGGCCUUUUACGUGCGCCACCGCGACGGGCCGCCGGACAUCAACGACCACAAGGGCAACAUCGAGCAGUCGGACGAGAACAGGCAGGGCGUGCCGCGCGGCCCGGCGAGCGACACGUACUGGCUGCGCACGACGCCGUGGGGGUGGGCGAAGCUGCUGCGCUGGAUCUGGAACCGGUACGGCGUGCCCAUCUACAUCACGGAGAACGGCACGACGGCGCAGGGCGAGCACGGGUGGAGGCCCCGGGGCCCCGACGACGUGCUCGAGGACCCCUUCCGCGUCGACUUCUUCAAGAGCUACCUCACCGAGGUGGCCAAGGCCUCGCAGGAGGGCGUCGUCAUCAAGUCGUACUUUGGCUGGACCUUCACCGACAACUGGGAGUGGGCGGCCGGCUACUCGGACCGCUUCGGCGCCACGUGGAUCGACUUUGAGAGCCCGGAGAAGACGCGGUACCCCAAGCGGUCGGCGCUCUUUCUGGGGGACUUUUUCAAGCACUUGAUCCGCGAGUAG